UAGCUUGUACUUUUUUAUUUUAUUAAAGGAUGAGGAGGAAGGAAACCAAAAAUUGUUGCAGAUAGAUGGACUACUUGUUUCACCUGGCAUCUUCAAUAACCUGUCAUUGGCCAAUGCUACAGAGAGGAAUAUCCCUGGGACACUGAGGAUGCCAUUGGAAUGCAUUUGGGUAUAAACAAUGACUUGCCUUUCGCAUGUCUUCCACUACAUUUGCUUAAUGCCCUUCUUAUGGUUUUCUAAUUGAACUGGUUCAAACCAAACUGUCUCUGGGAUCAUGAGUGAAGAAAAGAACCUUGGUGUGUCCCAGAAAAUGUUGUCACCUUCAAGAAGUACCAGCAGCUGCUCCUCCAAGCAUGGAAGUAGGCAGGACAGCUGGGAAAUUAUAGAAGGAUUGCGGGGAGUUGUUAAUUGCACUGUGGAGCCACAGAAGCAGGAAGGCUACUUGUUGAAAAAGAGAAAAUGGCCCCUAAAAGGCUGGCACAAGAGAUACUUCUUCUUGGCUGGAGGAAUUUUGAAAUAUUCCAAGUGUCAAGCUGAUAUAGAGAGGGGGAAGCUUCAUGGCUGCAUUGAUGUUGGACUUUCAGUGAUGUCCGUAAAGAAAUCCACAAAAUGCAUAGAUUUGGAUACCGAAGAGCAUAUAUACCAUCUGAAGGUGAAAUCUCAGGAAGUAUUUGAUGAAUGGGUAGCAAAACUUCGUCACCACAGAAUGUAUCGUCAAAAUGAAAUCUCCAUGUUUCCACUUGAUGUCAAUAAUCAUUUUUUCCCAGCAUCUACCACAGACUCUGUCCCUAGUGCAUUUGACUCUACUUCAAGUAGAAAGGCAGGGAGCAUAACAAAACAGAAUUCAAUGCAAACUGGAAGCAGUUUAUCAUUUUCCUGUACAAGUAGUGAGUCCAGGAUACCUUCUUGGCUACAGUCUUCUGAGGAUAUGGAAAAAUGCUCAAGAGACCUCUCCCAUUGUCACACAUAUUUACUGGAAAUGAGCCAGCUGUUGCAGAGCAUGGAAGUUCUCCACAGAACCUAUUCAGCACCUGCUAUAAAUGUUAUACAGGGUGGAUCUUUUGAAAGUCCAAAAAAGGAAAAAAGGACACACAGAAGAUGGCGGUCCAGAGCUAUUAGUAAAGAUACUAAGGGAACGUUACAGGUGCCUUCAGUAUUUUCUGCCCCACUGAGACUGCAUGCUUCCAAUCCAAAUUUGUCUACAAUAGAUUUUGUGGAAGAGAAAAAUUACUCUGAUGGCUUGGAAACAUCAGCGGAAUUUUCUAAAAUGCAAGAAGACUUGUGUCACGUUGCGCAUAAAGUGUACUUCACCUUAAGGUCAGCUUUUAGUACAAUAUCAACUGAAAGAGAAAAGCUAAAGCAGAUGUUGGAACAAGAUGCAUCCUCGUCUCCAUCUGCACAAAUAGCUGGACUGAAGAAUGCCUUAUCAUCUGCCAUAGCACAAAACACAGAUCUUAAAGACCGGUUACGCAGAAUACAUGCCGAAUCUAUGCUCCUUGAUUCAGCAGCUAAUGCAAAAUCAAGUCCUGAUUUGGUUAAGGAAAAUUCAGGAGAAGAAAGCAGAGGUCUAGUUCACCAGGUCUCCAAUGAAAGUAGACUGUCUAUCACUGACUCUCUCACAGAGUUCUUUGAUGCACAGGAAGUCCUGCUGUCGGCUAGCUCUUCAGAAAAUGAGGUAUCGGAUGAUGACUCGUACGUCAGCGAUAUAAGUGAUAACAUCUCUGAGGAUAACCUAAGUAAUGACAUUGAGAAUGAAAGGCAAACUUUGAUCGCUGUGGGGGAAAUCAGAAUGGAAUGCCAUUCCGAACGGAGGACACGUUUGCCAGCACCAUGUCCUAAUACAAGUAACAUUAGUCUAUGGAAUAUCCUGAGAAACAACAUUGGAAAGGACCUCUCCAAAGUGGCCAUGCCUGUUGAAUUAAAUGAGCCACUUAACACUCUUCAACGUCUCUGUGAAGAACUGGAAUACAGUGAACUAUUAGAUAAAGCAGCACAUACUCCAGAUGCAUUUGAAAGGAUGGUGUAUGUGGCUGCUUUUGCAGUAUCUGCAUAUGCAUCCAGUUACUACAGAGCUGGAAGUAAGCCAUUUAAUCCUGUACUUGGAGAAACCUAUGAAUGUAUCCGUGAAGAUAAGGGCUUCCAGUAUUUUUCAGAGCAGGUGAGUCAUCACCCACCUAUUUCUGCAUGUCAUGCUGAAUCUGCAAAUUUUGUCUUUUGGCAAGAUAUGAGGUGGAAAAACAAAUUUUGGGGAAAGUCCAUGGAAAUUGUUCCAAUUGGUACAACACAUGUAACUUUACCAGCUUUUAGAGAUCAUUUUGUGUGGAACAAGGUGACAUCCUGCAUCCAUAACAUCUUGAGUGGGCAAAGAUGGAUUGAACACUAUGGAGAGAUCAUCAUCAAAAAUCUGAAUGAUGACAUUUGUCAUUGCAAACUGACUUUCAUGAAGGCAAAAUAUUGGAGUCCUAACGUGCAUGAGAUUGAAGGCAGUGUUAUAAAUAAAAGUGGGAAAAUAGUGCAUCGCUUCUUUGGAAAAUGGCAUGAGAGUUUAUACUAUGGGACCUCAUCUUCACCACGUUGCAUAUGGAGAGCAAAUCCAAUGCCUAAAGAUUAUGAGCAGUGGUAUGGAUUUACACAGUUUGCAUUAGAAUUAAACGAAUUGGACCCACAAACAAGAUCACUACUGCCAGCCACUGACACACGCUUUAGGCCAGACCAAAGGCUUUUAGAGGAAGGGAAUACUGAAGGAGCUGAAAUGCAAAAGCAGAGGAUUGAGCAACUACAGAGGGAACGGCGAAAAGUUCUAGAAGAAAACAAUUUGGAGCAUCAUCCCAGAUUUUUCAGGAAAUCCAUAGAUGACUCCUGGGUGAGUAAUGGAACAUACCUGGACCUUAGAAAAGACCCUGGCUUUUCCAGACUGGACAGUCCUGUCCUUUGGUGAAAAAGGACCCAAGAGGAUAUAUGGCUGGAUUGCUCUGAAUAAUUUAUAAAGCAGUACAUGUGUGUGCAUGCGCACACACUCACAAGUACACAUACAUAUACACACAUGUAUACAUAAAGUAUAUCUUCUAGAAUUGUGCUUAAGUUAGAAUCUGACACUUUCAUCAUUUGAUUGCUCUACUAUUUGAUAGUUAUCAUGAUUGAAUGUAUAAAAUCCCAAAUUUCCUUUUUAUAAGCUAUUUAAUGAAAAUUAUCAAAUGGAAAUGGCUGGAGGGAAAAGAGGAGCUUUAACACUACUUUUCCAAUGAGUAAUAAUGCAAGUUCAAAUUUAAUGUAUGCCUUAUUGAAUUGUGCUGAAAAAAAUAUUAGCAUCUCCUAGCUGAACUAAGAGACAUGAACAGGAACCGUGGUUACUCAAACUGUAGGUUACUCUACACCAUGGUUUGCAUGAGUAGACCAGUGGUCUCUCAAGCAAGCGUUCACUUCCUCAAAACAAAGAACAUCAGCUGGUGCUGACUCCGUGGUAACCCAUUUUUGUCUAGAGAAGAUUACAUAAACUUUUUUUUUUUUUCUGGUUGUUACUGGCUCAUUGAAAGAGUUAGUGCUUAGUAAAAUCAGUAUUGUAUUGGUCAUUCUGCUGCCUUACAUACAGAAUUGUACCCUACUACAUACAGUGCUAUAUAUUCAGGAAUCACUGCACCUUCCCACUAGGUAUCUUCAAUUUUAUAGCCUCUAAAAAGGCAAAAUUCCUUUCAUGGUAAUGCUUCAGCACUGACCAGAUGAUAGAAGAUGUUCUCCUCUUUUCCAGUAAAUAAAAAAUACAUAGAGCAUGAAAGCUUAUGCUUCCAUAGCCUGACUUAUUUCUAUUAACUAAAAAAAAUUGCAACAGGAAGACUUUUUAAAAACUUAGCUAAAUAACCAAUUGUUUUAAGGUAAAAGAUGUUUUCUUAAAUAUUAUUUUUGAUAUUUUCUACCUCUUAUUAUAAGCAGCAUAUUUAAAAUCUUGUAUAAAAAGUACCAUCUGCCUUAUAGUGAAAUGUAUGGAAUCUUUGCUCUUCCUUUACCUGUUUGUUGUGUUCAGAUAAAUAUUUAAGUGUCUUGCACUAAAUUGUUUGGAUCUCUUUCCUGUCCUCUCCAUUUAUAUGGAUAGUAUUUUUUCAUAAGUAUAAACUGUAUGCCCAGCAAAUUGUAGUAGGAAAAAGAUGCAAAGAAAAUUGCAUUUUUACAUAGAGAUGGAGGGUGUUGGUGUUGUUCCUCUUCCCUCCCUUCCCCUCCUCCCCCAGCCUAAACUUGCAGGAAUACAAUAACAAUCUCUGGCACAGUUUACAUUCCUGCCCAAACUAGAACACAAGCUCAGCCCAUAAUCUUACCAGUCUAUUGUAUGCAAAUCCUGUGGGAGAUGGAUAGUAGCAGUGAAGUGUUUGCACUCUUAAGGUUCAACUUUAUUGUUUGCAUAUAAGCUACUAAGGGAUGGUUUAAGGUUAAUAGCAUGUAUUAAAGCCCAAGGGACUUUGCCAAUGCUGCCAUGUAUAGCCAACUUAUUGGAAGUAAUAAGUAGAAGAUGUAAGAGCUAAGGAAACUUCAGAGGGAUCAACAGCUCUGAAAAGUUUCCAAUCUACUGUAGGUCCUUGCAGUUUUUAAAGAGAAAUUAUUCCUGCAAAUACUGGAUGAGUGUAUUGUAUGAUGUAUGACAUUAAACAGAUACCAUAAAAAUU